CCUGGCUGUGGAUGGCUGCAGGGUUGUCGGUCGCUCUGCGGUGUUACAGUUAGCAUCAGUACCGGAGCUGAUCUGAGCUGUUCUGCUCUAUCAGGCUUUCAGAGCCGCCGCAGUCCGAGAUUUAUUAGCGGAUUAAGUGUUAGUUAGCAAAACUGGCGCUGUUGGUGGAGUGGAUGAUGAACGGACACGCUAUCCUAUACAGUGGGCUCACUCUGGCCUUCUGGAGCACCAUCCUCAUCGUCGGCAUCUGCUAUACGAUCUUUGACCUUGGAUUCCGGUUUGAUAUAGCAUGGUUUUUAACAGAGACGUCCCCAUACAUGUGGGCCAACCUUGGAAUCGGCCUGGCCAUCUCUCUGUCCGUGGUUGGCGCAGCUUGGGGAAUUUACAUCACCGGCUCCAGCAUCAUUGGAGGAGGUGUCAAGGCUCCACGAAUUAAGACCAAGAACCUUGUCAGUAUUAUCUUUUGCGAAGCUGUCGCCAUCUAUGGGAUCAUCAUGGCUAUCGUCAUAAGUAAUAUGACCGAGCGAUUCAGUGGCACAACUCCAGAGACGAUUGGUGCACGAAACUACCAAGCUGGUUACUCCAUGUUCGGUGCUGGGCUCACCGUUGGCUUUUCCAACCUGUUCUGUGGGAUCUGUGUUGGAAUUGUGGGCAGCGGGGCCGCCCUGGCUGACGCCCAGAACGCCAGCCUCUUUGUGAAGAUUCUCAUCGUGGAAAUCUUCGGCAGCGCCAUCGGGCUGUUCGGAGUCAUCGUAGCCAUCCUGCAGACAUCAAAAGUAAAAAUGGGAGAUUAGAGAACGUAACGUCUUCAAGAAAAACAGCAAAGAAGAACGAUGCUGUGGUGGGUACACAGCUCGACUGUGUAAAUACGUAGUAAAUUAUUUAUAUGAAUUUUCUUUCCUUGUUUGUGUCUGUUUUUAACCAUUGUUUACUGAAGAGUGAAGCAUUCACACCACUUUGUCUUAAAUGAAUGCAUGUUUAGGACAAACACAGAUCUUUAAGACGUAAAAACACCUUGGGAGAGGAAAUAUCUUUAAGAGGUUCUUUUUGGCCCCCAGUUAUAUUACUACUGAAGUAUUACAUUCAUGAGAUUCAUAUUUUCCCUGAGUAUAGAUAGAGGAAUUGAAUUUAUUGUAGUGUAUUAAACCUACACACACACACACAUAUGUAUAUGGUACUUUAUUGAAAGUGCUGUAGGCCUGUAUAGUUUGCUGUGAUUGCUGUUAUGUACACCACAAAUGUGAAUGUGGUUUUUAAGGUGGUGUGGAUGUAAAUUCUGUCUAAAAUUCUUAUUAAGUGAGCGCUAGUGAGUCUGCACCUAUUGUAAAAAUCUUUGGUAUUUUGUGUUCUAGCAUAUUCUAUUCAGUACGCAUUAGAAAAAGUACAUGGGUGCAAUUUGGAGCUUUUUGUGACCCAGCUCUUUUGGUUUUUUAAAACAAAAACAACUAAAAUGUCAGUGCUGUCAGUGGCAUGAUAGAUUUAUAGUCUCAUUUUUACAUUCCAAUGCAUUCAGAUAGUCAAUCUAGCAAGUAAUUCCAACCCAAAGCUCUUUCUAUUCUAAAUUCUAUUCUAUUUGCUUCUGCUACCAUUCGGCUAGGCGCCCUCUAGCGGGCACAAUUGGCAGUGCCUGCAGCAGAGAAAAUUGGCCAUCAGUUUGCUGUGUGGGAAAGGUCCGGACUAAUAAGUGGGUGGGGUCUUCAAAAAGCCGUGUUAGCACCCUGGGCGUCUGUGCAGAAAGUGGAGGAGCAUGGAGAUAGGUGCGUGUCUCCCUGUGCGCGAUGUCCAGCCUUGUAUCCAAAUCCACCGAAACACGGGCGAAUAGGAAGGGGUCGAGGGACUGCGCACGUGUCGGAGGAUAUACCCUCAUCGGACGCAAUCAGGAUCCCCAGAAGCAGAGGACUAAUUGGCUACGCUAAAUCGGGAGAAUAUGUUUGGUGUGAAAACAUGUAUAUAAAAAAAAAAGAAAAAGCUUUGUUGUAUAAUCCCCUGGGUCAAAAAUAAGAAGAUAUAAUUAGCUAAUGUGUGUAUGUGUACAUAUAAGAGUCAUGAGGAUGUUCAUCAUUCCAUCUUUCCCUACACGUAUGUGGUGUUUAUUUUUGCGUGUGUUACUGUAUUGAAAGCUUAUAAAAUGAUGUGCAACCCUAUCUCAAGUUAAUCAGACCUGAGGUUAAUCAUCUUGCUGUUUUCAGCACAGAAUUGAGGGUUUUACGGGUGCGUAAUAGACUUUUGCUUGUGGGAAAGCUGUAGGCGCUUAUCUUACCUGAACACACUAAUGGAAGAUGAUUUGCCUCAGAGCAGCAUUUAGCCUCCCCUUGACCCCUUGAAAGACGAUUUUUUUUUUUGCUUCAUUUUAGCCCGAAAAACAAAAAUCUAGUGUAGCUUUCUAAUAAUAAAGCUUUCUAAUAGGGCUGGACAGUCCCUCAGAUUUGUGAUGCCACUGGUUGUUGUCACUGUUAUGCUUUUCCCCAACUUGAAACAUUCCUAUUACUAACUAACAGAAGUUGCAUUUGUUUGGGGGAUUUGGAAGGUACAGUGUGCUCUGCUGGUGAUCCGGACGCCUUCGGAUGCCUUGUUAACGCGCCACGUCUACAGUCGUACCCUAGAUAGUUGCUUGAUUCUCUCAUGCCUCCAGUGAUUGUGUUUUUGUCGUUGUGGUGAUUUUUAUUAUUUUGUCAUGUGUAAAUGUGGAUGCUGGUGAUUCAGAAGUGCUUCACAAACGAAUCAAAAAAUAAAAAAUGUUCAACCUGUA